GAGGAUGUUCGCAAUAGCCUGGAAGGCUACGCAGCCGGUGGUUGUCUGCCAUAUAGUCAUCAAGUUGCUGAGAAACAGCACUGGUUAAGACAUUUCUUGCACCGCUGGAAAGCCGGUUCACAUACGCGAGCCGGUCCGCACAUCAAAACCUAUUCCCGUAUCUCUCCAGAUGGAUGUUACGCAACUUGGUUUCUUCUCACCAGGUAUUCAGUUUUUUCUUUAGUUGUCCAAUGUGCAUGUCGGUGGAAAUCUCGUUUUAAUUUGCGAUUUCAAUCUCUUGAUAUCAAUCUGCUUACUCUUCGGGGGAGGUAG